GACCCGUGGCACCCGACCGAACUCACUCACUCCUUGUUCGACCCUGAACAUUUUUCCUGCUCUCGGCUUCGCCGCCUUGCGGGGGUGGAGAUGGCUCUGGGGCUCGGGAGAGCUCUGGCUCGGCAAUGGGCGAGGAGACUAGGACCCCAACCCCUCCUCCUCCCUCGCCCGCCUCCCUCCGCUCCCUUCUCCACCGACGGCGAUGGAAUCCAGAGCUCUCGCGUCAAGAUCUUCGAUCGAGACCUCAAGCGGAAGCAGAGGGAUCGAGCUGCGUGGUUGAUGGGAGGAAAGGACGAUUUUGUUGACGCGGUGGCCGAAAACCUUCUUGAUCGCCUCGAGGAUUGCACAAAAACAUUUCCUACAGCACUAUGUCUUGGAGGUUCUUCUGAGGCAAUUAGACGUUUGUUACGUGGUCAUGGUGGUGUUGAAAAGCUUAUCAUGAUGGAUACAUCAUUUGACAUGGUUAAGCGGUUAAAAGAUUCAGAAAAAAAAUUUCCCAAUAACAACUUGGAGACUUUCUUUGUGGUUGGAGAUGAAGAGUUCCUGCCAAUAAAAGAAAGCUCUGUGGAAUUGGUAAUCAGUUGCCUGGGACUUCAUUGGACAAAUGAUCUUCCUGGGGCCAUGAUACAAUGUAGAUUGGCAUUGAAGCCUGAUGGUCUGUUUCUAGCGGCUAUCCUUGGUGGAGAGACUUUAAAAGAGCUGAGGAUAGCUUGUACUGUUGCUCAAAUGGAACGUGAGGGUGGAAUAAGCCCUCGACUAUCUCCUCUGGCACAAGUCCGUGAUGCAGGAAAUCUUCUGACAAGAGCAGGUUUCACUCUUCCUGGUGUUGAUGUUGAUGAAUAUACUGUCAGAUAUGAUAGUGCUUUGGAGCUCGUUGAACAUCUGCGAGCAAUGGGGGAGACCAGUGCCCUUCUUCAAAGAAGUACGAUCCUAAAGAGAGACACAGCUUUGGCUACUGCUGCAGUGUACCAGUCGAUGUUUGGAGCAGAAGAUGGAAGUGUUCCGGCAACUUUCCAGGUCAUUUUCAUGACAGGAUGGAGGGAGCAUCCUUCGCAGAAGAAGGCUAAGAUGAGGGGCUCUGCCACGGCAUCGUUUCAGGACAUCCAGAAGCAUUUGGGUAGCAACAGCUAAUUUCUCUAAUCAUAUUCUCGACUGUUACAUACUAAAUUCUGUCACAUCCAGACUUAGAAACUACUUCUAGUUUGUCAAAUUAUAAAAUUCUGUCAUAAAAUAGUUGCCAGCUUCAAUUUAGUCCUUCCACUGUUGGCAUUGCAGUCCACACAGCAUGGCUAGAUGGUGCACAUGAAUUAGGAGAGUCUUGAACUUGAAAGCUCUCCAAGGUCUGUAUGCUGCCAGGAGCAACAGUAGAAAUACUCGUGGACUAUCUCA